UCCUACUCCUAGUCUCUACUCUCUUUCUCUACUACAGUUCAAUUCAGUCAGUCUGCGCUGUAUUAUAUAGAUUUAACCCGGAUACAAUAGAUGUUCAGCAACCCAACACUGUGAACAUUGUAAGGCUUCGGAAUCAGAGAACUCGGUUAUAUAUUACAAGGAUUACAAGUGCAAAGUGACAUUAACCACACAAUCAGCGAAGUAGCAGAAUAUAUAAAAGUAAAAAAUAUUCAAGAAAAACUACUAUGUCAAUUUUACCAACAAUUGCUGGUGGCAGCAUUGCAGCGAUUUUAUCAUUAAACUGCAUAAAAGUUUGGAUGCAAGGACCAAAAUGUCUCUCUAAGAAACGAUUAGAUGGGAAGGUUGUCGUGGUAACAGGAGCUAACACUGGUAUAGGUAAGGUGUGCGCCCAAGAGUUGAGCAGAAGGGGCGCAAAGGUGAUAAUGUUGUGCAGGAGUUUAGAACGAGGAGAGACAGCUGCUAAUGAUAUUCGAGAAACGGAAGGAGAGAUAUUAGUAGAACGGAUGGAUCUUAGCAGUUUUAAGAGUAUCAGAGAGUGUGCGGAGAAACUGAACAGGAACCUAGACAAGAUUGAUAUCCUUCUCAACAAUGCAGGAAUAAUGGCCUGUCCCUUGAGCAGGACCGAGGACGGGUUGGAGAUGCAGAUUGGGACGAAUCAUUUCGGACAUUUCCUUCUGACAGACCUUCUCCUUCCUCUCCUGCAUAAAGGAGGUCCAGGAACUAGGAUUGUCAAUGUCAGUUCUACUGCGCAUGAGCGUGGACAAAUGUUCUUUGAUGAUAUCAACUUCCACAAGAUCAAGUAUGAACCCUUUAAAGCUUAUUCCCAAUCUAAACUCGCCAAUGUUUUGUUUUCAUCUGAAUUAGCCGAGAGAGAAGCUAAGAAUGGAAUUAACGUCUAUUCACUGCAUCCUGGAGUGAUUGCAACAGAUCUAGGCCGGCACAUGGGGGACAGUUAUGGAGCUUUAGUUGGUGUAUUUGUUAAGUGGGCUGUCAUGCCAUUCAUAAAGACUGUAGAGUCUGGUGCACAGACAAGUCUAUUUUGUUGCUUGGAUGAUUCACUAGAGAAUCAAACUGGAAGAUACUACAGUGAUUGCAGAGAGAAACUUCCAGCGCCCCGGGCUCUAAUUAAAGAAGACGCAAAGCGUCUUUGGGAGAUCAGUGAAGAACUCACGGGAACAAAGAAAUCCAAUUAGUCCUUGAUAAUUCACUGCAGAAUCUUUAUGUAUGUACGAUGUACAUUAAACGAUUAUAAAUUACAAUUAUAUCAAUCUUCCUAAGUUUCUGUGAUGUUUUAAAUAGUGUUUAAGCCAUUAAAUAAAUGUAAAUAGCUAUAAG